CUGGUGACUGCCCACACUCUCUGCGCCUCGUCAACGUCGACCUCGGUGCCCAGCUCUUGACAUUACAUCAUUCCUCUUGCUACUCGGUACCCCUCAUGACCAUGUCCGGGGUAGUGGAGAAUGGCGGACGGUGUACGCCGCCGACAGUAGCGACCAAGAAGGCGCCACACCCAGUGUCCGUCCAUUUCCUGGGAACAUGUAGCGGUGGCGGCCCAAUAUCCUCACGGCAGUGCUCGUCGCUCGCCGUCGACUUCGGGAAUAACAUCUGGCUCUUCGACGCUGCCGAUGGCACCAACAACCGCUUGCAUCAGAGCGCACUACGCAUGGUCAACAUCUCGCGCAUCUUCGUGACGCACAUGCAUGCCGACCACGUCCUCGGCGUCGUGGCGAUCAUGGCGGUCAUCAUGAGUGGCGUGGGGCAGACAGAGGCAGGUCUUGCCCGCUUGCGCGCAGCGGGGACGGCCAAGAAGGCGGAUAUCAACAUCUACGGCCCCGUGGGGCUGCGCGAGCUUAUUCGCACGACGCUGCGCCUCACGAAGGUGACCCUCACAGGCGCCUACGCCGUUCACGAGCUCGUACCCCCUGGUUCUGCCAAGGGUGUGGGGUGCGCUGAGCCCGAACUACACGUCAACGAGGCUGUGGGGCAUGAUCUCUUAGCAAACGACGAGGGCGUGUGGGAGAUGAUUGUUGACGAGCGACCCCAAAAGGGCAGCAAGGGGUGGAUGGUCAGCGCAGGGCCUCUAGUGCAUCGAGUCCCCUCAAUCGGCUACGUAUUGCAGGAGCCCGCGCCGCGCAAGCCGCUCGAUACGGCACAGCUCAUCCCACUGCUACAGGCGAACGCGAAGGCGCUCGCCGCACAGGAUCCGCCCGUGCGCCAUCCCCUCUCGCUUCUGGGCCACCUGACCUCGCUCCCGCCCCCACCACCACUGACACUACCAAGUGGCGAGGUGCUUCACGCUCCCGAGCCGACAGGCGAGCCGGGGCGCAAGCUCGUCAUCUUUGGGGACUGUGCGGGCGGCACGCCCAACGAGGCGCUGCAACGCAUGUGCCAUGACGCAUCGCUCCUCGUGCACGAGUGCACGAACGCGGCGAUUCCGGAGAGUGUGGGCAAGGGCGACCGGGGGCGCGCGGUGCGCGCCAGCGGUCUCGAGCAGAGCCUCGAGGCUAAGCGGAGCAAGGAAUUCGACCAGGCUGCCAAGGACCGCGGCGUCGUGCGCGAGCCGUGGAUCUACCACGGCAAGCAUGAGACGGCGAGCUCGGCCGCCAAGGCAGUCGAGGCGUUUGCGGACAAACGCGACGCGAUCCGCGUCAAAGCUGUGUCGCGAGGACACGCGACACCAGACGAGGUCGGCGAGUUCGCGUACGCGAUCAACGCCCGCCGUGUCGCCGUCAACCACUUCUCGGCCAUGUUCCCCUCGCCGCGCUUUGCGACGAACGAGCCGUUCCCCGCCCUCCUCGGGCCCACCAGCCCGUUCCCUUACCCCGUGCCGGCGAGCCAGUUCGCCGGCGUCAAAGCCAUCCCACUCAACGCCGAUGAGCUGCAUCUCCGCAUGAUCAUGCAGAGCCUGGUGAACCAGAUCAGCGCGAUCUGGAAUGGGCCAAGUUGCCACGACCACGCGUUGCAGGGCCCCGAACCGCAUCUCAUCAAGCUUGCCGUCGCCGCGCGCGACUUCAUGGUCCUCCGCGUGCCGAGCCACGAGCUGAGCGAGAGCGAGGUUGACGCGAUGCGCGCGGCGCGAGAAGACGCCGUGAGCGUCAUGAAGAGCUGGUCGUGUGAUGGCGGCGCGUGGGUUGGCGAGGAUCACGAGCGGCGCUGGGUUGGCGUCGACCCUGCCCCCCGCGAGGUCUCGCGUACAGACGAUACUGUUCCAGAGAACGUCAGGCUAGACGGAACGGGAUAGAGACCAGUAGAUGAGCUGCUGCAAUCAUUUGUCAAUCACUCUGUGUUUCUGGGGAGCUCUCCGAGUUGUCAUUGGCGGGUACGACAUUGCUGUCGAUGGGGAGCCCCGCUGUGGUGCUAAUCGCCGGUUCUGUACGCUUUUCUCUUCUCCGGCUCUACCACCAAUGGUAAUGAAUAUGCACGCAAGACA